AUGACACUCCGUGGGGAUCUCAGAGUCGCGGUGCACCAGAUGAUGACGGGACCGGAGGAAGCGGAGAUCGACAUCGUUAGGAAUGAAGAGGAAGGGGAAGAAGAAGAGGUCGCUACCGAAAGGCGGAGGCUGUACUUUCUCGGUGGGAGAAGGGUCAGAGAAACACCGACCUCGGGAGAAGCAGAACAAUCCGAGACAGACUGUUCGGUGGACUCGGAGAGCUGCGAGACGUGCCCCAGCACUGGCGCAAAGCCCAAGAUGAACCUGGCGAAACCCCCCUAUUCCUACAUAGCGCUCAUCACCAUGGCUAUCCUGCAAAGCCCCCAAAAGAAACUGACCCUCAGCGGCAUCUGCGAGUUCAUCAGCAGCCGUUUCCCUUACUACAGGGAGAAAUUCCCCGCCUGGCAGAACUCCAUCAGGCACAAUCUAUCGCUCAAUGACUGUUUCAUCAAAGUUCCCCGGGAACCGGGCAACCCGGGGAAGGGCAACUACUGGACUUUGGAUCCGGCAUCCGAGGACAUGUUCGACAACGGCAGCUUCCUCCGGAGGAGAAAGCGGUUCAAGAGACACCAGCACCGAGAGCUCGAGUUGGCAAAGGAGCGUGGCGCCUUCCUUCUCUCUGCAGCGUACUCAGCAGCUGCAGCUUCAAGCCGUGGUUCGAAGCCCAGCUCCGCAAGCUCCAGCCGGGCAUCCUUCAACAUCGAAGACAUCAUUGGGAGUUCAGAUGUUCAACCGUGUACACAGUCUGCCUGCUCAAACUCUCAGACUCAGUCUGACUAUUGCAACCUUCUUCAGUCCGUCCCUUGUCUGCUGUCUGCGGUUUUAAACAUGCCCACAAGAAUUCCCUGUAGCCAGGUGAACAGAGCUCUGGUCGCGACACUCUCUGCCAGGCACCAGCUUCCGUUCUGA